AUAGAGGAGUUCCGCUCGCCAACGAUUGGUAAGUGAAGAGAUGAAUGUCGUCCUUCUGACAGCCACUGCGGCUGGAUUUCCGCUUCCCUUGAGGAGGCGAGUUUGAACCUCCAUUUGUUUCAGUACCAUAAAGGUUCCUUACCCAGGAGGAUUUUCACAUGUCUCUGAAAAAGGACUUAGAGCUUAAAAAGAGAGAAAGAGCUGCCAGAAUCAUUCAGAAGGCCUGGAAACGCUUCCUUAACAUCGCUGUAUUUGAACACUUUAAAGCCAUAAUUAAUUUAAGAAGACAAGGGGAGCCACGUCAAAUAGUGAGAUAUAUUAAUCCUAGAGAGGCAGAGCUUUUAGAUGCUGCUGCUGGCAUUCACGUGCGAUUCAGAUUUGGUGGUGUAAAAUUUCCACCUCAAAUAUACUAUAAAAUUUUUACUCACAGACCUAUUGAAGAUCUGUGUGCUAACAGCCCUAGAGAUUACACAAAAGUUCCAGCAAAAUACACUUCUCAUAUUAAAGGUAUUACUCUUCAGGAAGAGGAUAAUAGUGGCUGGUAUCACCGUAUAGAGAACAAUGGUUGGAGACCUGUUUCUGAUAGUUUUUGGUUAUCUGCUGAAAUAAUUGGAGACAAAAAGGAAACCAAAUUCCACUUUUCUAAACUGAAGAGAAGGCAAGAUAAGGAAAAGAAAAGAAAAAUUAGAAAAAUAGAAUGGAUGAAGCAAAUGUACUAUACAGGAAGCCUGGAGGCUAAGUCAACAAAUGAUAGCACUCUAGAUUUAAUUCACACAGCAACAAAGGGGCUAAUAAAAGCUAUUGAAGAUGGUGGAAUAGAUUCUGUGAUGGAGUGGGAAGUGGAUGAAGUGCUGAACUGGACAAAUACACUGAACUUUGAUGAGUAUAUUGCGAACUGGAAAGAAAUUGCUACAAGCGGCUCUUCAGAUAACUUCAAACCUUUCAGGUUUACUCCAGCACAGAAAAAAAUGUAUCGCUAUGAAGAUUUGUCAGAUGAAAUUGGAAUGCUACAUACUUCCUAUGAAAAUAUGUUUGAAGACCAAAGUUUUACUAGAGUAACACCUGAUUACACUUAUGAAAUAUAAAAUAAUCUUUUGAGCUCUAGUCAGUCAAUAGUUUAUUCAGAUUGGAAUGACAUAUAUACUUGGCACAGAAUCUAGCUUACAUAAGUUAGGAAGAUUAAACAGAAAUAGAACAUCAUAAUAUAGUGGCCACGGGAAAUGUAGACUUUAUUCUGUUAUGCUGAGAAAUUCGUAUUAUUAAUAGUCACAAAUAAAUAUGUUCAAGU